AUCUGGUGAUGUGGUGUUUGGCCAGAAAUGCAGCAAUGCUGGCUCAUCCCUGCCCGAGUGUUGGCGUGGCCCGGUCACGUGACAUGGGCUGAUGUUGGAAGUUUCGAGUGGGUGCGCGUCCCUUCUGCGGGCGGGGUUAGAGGAGACACACAGCACAGUCUCUCCUCUCUCCAAGACAUCGCGCCUGCCACAUGUGCCCAUGUGGUGUGAUGGAGUUACGUCUUCAUGACGG